AGAAAAGGAUGAAGGCCUUACUGCACUCCGCCCCUGCUGGCCUUCCCCCCUCAUUCACUUCUGCCUUUCCUCAUCUGCCCGUCGUCGUAUCCCCCGGUCCGCCGGUCACCUCGACAAACGGCGAAGGGCGGCAAAAUGCUGCAGUGCAUCUUUCUCCUCUCCGAUUCCGGGGAGGUGAUGGUGGAGAAGCAGAUGGCGGCGCACUGCGUGGACCGCGCUAUCUGCGCCUGGUUCUGGGACUACGUCGUCGCCCACGCCGCCGGCGAUCCUUCCAAAGUCUUACAGGUUGUGGUGUCACCAACGCAUUACUUGUUUCAAAUCUAUCGCAAUGGUGUAACGUUCUUGGCAUGCACCCAAGUGGAGAUGGCCCCACUGAUGGCAGUUGAGUUUCUCUCUCGCGUGGCUGAUGUCUUGACAGAUUAUCUUGGAGAUCUGAAUGAAGAUAUAAUCAAGGACAACUUUGUAAUUGUGUAUCAGAUUUUGGAUGAGAUGAUGGAUAAUGGUUUUCCACUCACAACUGAGCCAAACAUCUUGAAAGAGAUGAUCACCCCACCUAAUAUUGUGAACAAAAUGUUGAAUGUUGUUACUGGCAAGAGUUCUACCCUUGGCAGCAAACUUCCAGAUGCAGCUGCUUCUUUUGUACCUUGGCGAAGAACAACAGUCAAGGAUGCAAGCAAUGAAGUCUAUGUUAACAUAGUCGAGGAACUUGAUGCAUGUGUGAACAGAGAGGGGGUUCUCGUGAAAUGCGAAGCAUACGGUGAAGUCCAAGUAAACUGCAGCCUCCCAGGUGUGCCAGAGCUGACCAUGUCCUUUGCUAACCCUGCAAUUAUCAAUGAUGUUACCUUCCACCCCUGCGUCCGAUUCAGGCCUUGGGAAUCAAAUCAGAUCCUAUCAUUUGUUCCUCCCGACGGGCAGUUCAAGCUCAUGAGUUACAGGGUUCAGAAACUGAAGAAGACACCGAUCUAUGUGAAACCACAAUUAACAUCAGAUUCCGGGAACUGCCGCGUUAGUGUGAUGGUCGGGAUUCGAAAUGAUCCUGGGAAACCUAUUGAUUCGAUAACAGUGCAGUUCCAGUUGCCCCCUCUUAUUGUUUCUGCUGAUCUGACUGCAAACUAUGGCACGGUUGACAUCCUUGCCGACAAGACCUGUUUGUGGACAAUCGGGCAGAUACCAAAAGACAAAGCACCGGCACUCUCUGGAAAUUUACGACUGGAGGAAGGGCUCGCACAACUGCAUGCAUUGCCGACAUUUCAGGUGAAAUUCAGGAUUAUGGGAGUUGCCCUAUCUGGCCUUCAAAUUGAUAAGCUGGACGUGAAGAACACACCGAACGCUCCGUACAAAGGUUUUAGAGCCCAGACUCAAGCUGGGAAGUAUGAGGUCAGAUCGUAGGUGCUUGCAGGGGGGCAGCUGUUAGUUCAUUCUUGUAGAAAACGAAUGAUGCUGCGGACCUGGCUCAUGGCCUGUUAACACAUUGUUAUGAUCAUCAGUUGAGGGUUCACGGCCAGCUGCAUUUGGGUCGUUGCAUUUGAUGGGAGGUGCCAUUGUUCUUUGUUCAGGUCAAUAGGUGUCCUGUACCUGUACCUGAAUCAGAUUAUCCUCUGUUGUGUGAAAGCAACAGAAUACUGCGACCCUAGGCCUAUCUAGAUAAAGGUUUUGGAUUCUGGCACCUUGGGUUAUAAAAUUCACUUGAGUAUAGAAUCUCUUUUUUUUGUUAUAAGAAAAAAAAUCUCUUUUUUGUUAGAAAAGGAUGUGACUUAGGAAAUGAAGGCUUCUAUAACAGUGGGUAUGAAUUGCUUUUGAUAUACCAGUUGCAAUUGUAGCGGUUUCCUUGUCUGGUAGUAUACCAGAGCUGGCCAGUAAGCUAAGCUACUUGUUUGAGUAACAUUUCAAAAUUUACUUGAAGUGUUUUAUCAUCUGAUGACAAAGAGAAUGAAGGGAUGAAAGAACAUUAGCACCAUGGUUUUGGUUGGUCUUGUAAACAGAACCUAAUUUUAAAACGCCACUUUAUCGCGCAAGAGCAGAGCAACAGUGCAAAUAAACCCGCGCGCAGGACGGCAGGAGCAGUCGCAGCCUUGCUUUCCUUAUCCAAAAAUCUGCUGCCGUCCGUCGGGGUGCCGGUGACACGCGAUGGCACUGGCGUCCUCGCCUGCGGCGGUUAGCUCAAGCACCCGUCAUCACACGCCUCGCAUCUCCGUCUCCUCGUGCUUCUUCUGCCCACCGUCGGGUGCGCCAUGUCCUCCUCUUCGUGUUGCCACUGCCAGCACCAGCAGCAGAAGUCGAGGUCGAGGGCAUCUGCCGCCUCCAGCCGCCCUGCCUGACCCCCAAGCCGCCGCGGCGCUGCUCCUCGCCGCCGCCGGUACAGUCGGCGCCGCCAGCCUCCUGCUUCGCUCCUCCUCGUCCGGCGCCGCCUCGCAGCAGCAGCGGCGGCAGGAGGGACGAGAAGAGCAGGUAGAGGGAGAGGAGUGCCCGGACUGCGGCGGGACUGGGCUCUGCGGCCGCUGCAAAGGAGAGGGCUUCGUCUUCAAGCAGCUCUCGGAGGAGACGGCCACCAGGGCACGCAAGGCCGCCAAGAACAUGGCCACUAGAUACACUUCGGGGCUGCCCACCAAGUGGACCUACUGCAACAAGUGCUCCUCCACCCGCUCCUGCACAACCUGCGGAGGCUCCGGCAGAAUCGUCACCGCACCACCUGUCACCUAGCUAGCACUCAAGGCUAUCUAUGGAAUUUGCAGCUAUAUGUGUAGCACUGCAUGUACCUCUCAGAGAGUCUGAUAAAAAGGGUCACUCAGAUUUUUUUUCCCUUGUAAAGAGGAUUACCAAGAAUUUGUAUACCAUGUCAUUUGGCAGUUGCCGCUGUGUCUCCGGCUUCUAAAGCAAAUUGGUUGUGUUUA